UCAGAUUGGAGAGAUCGAAUUAUAUUAUAUAUGGUCAUCGCCUUCAAAAGUAUAAUAUAAAUGGGUGAGAAUAAUGUGAUGAGGAUAUCGUCAUCACCUUCCGCGAAACUGAUAGACGAUGCAAUUUCAAGCAAGAACCCGCAGAGCAGCGUGACGUGCGUGUACCAGACGCACAUCGGCGGCCACUGGCGGAGCGUCACCGUGGUGUGGAACAAGAACGUCAUGAACCACAGCGUGACCCUGACGGUGGACAGCAUGGAGGAGGCGGAGGAGGGGGGCCACGAUCACCACCCCACCUGCAAGAUCGACCUCAAGCCCUGGAACUUCUGGGCCAAGAAGGGCUACAAGACGUUCGAGGUCGACGGGAACCACCUCGAGGCCUAUUGGGACCUCCGCUCCCCUAAAUUCUCCGGGAGCGGGAGCCCCGAGCCCUGCUCGGACUACUACGUGGCGCUGGUGGCGGAGGAGGAGGUGGUGCUCCUCCUGGGCGACCACAAGAAGAAGGCGUACAAGCGUAGCAAGGCCCGGCCCGCCCUGGUCGAUGCCGUGCUCUUCUACAAGAAGGAGCACGUCUUCGGGAAGAAGAGCUUCUCGACGAGGGCGAGAUUGGACCAUAAGAUGAACAAAGAGUGCGAGAUCGUGGUGGAGCUGAGCUCCACCACGGCAGGCGGCUCUUCUUUUUCUUCUUCCUCUUCGAAUUAUAAUAACAACGGUUUCAACAAAGAUCCGGAGAUGUGGAUAAGCAUAGAGGGGAUCGUGUUGGUCCACGUGAAGAGCUUGCAGUGGAAGUUCAGGGGGAAUCAGACGGUGGUGGUCAACAAGCUGCCGGUGCAGGUGUAUUGGGACGUCCACGAUUGGUUGUUUUGUAGCAGUAGCAGUAGCAGCAGCUUGCCCGGCGGCGGUGGCGGAUGGGAGCACGGGCUGUUCAUAUUCAAGCCGGAGGGGACGGCAGGGGAGACGACGACGAGUGAUGCGGAGGAGAGCGGCAGCGCGGGCGGAGAUAGCAGCGAGUGCGGCAGCACGGAAAGCAGUUUAAUAAAACAGAAAAUUUACUUUGACUUUCCUAAAAUACCCUUCAUUUCUAUCCCUUCUCCUCUUUUCGAUCUUGUCCACCCAUUUUCUUCCGUCUCUGCAAUCGGAUGCCCCCCACCCCAAAUAAGGCCAAAUCUCCUUGCCGCUCUGCCAUUAUUACCGACGGCCGUCACCUAUUCCGAUCCAAUCGGCGCCUCACUGCUCGCCGUCACCUAUGCCUACUCAUUCAAUCAGCGUCUGUACUCAGCCACCACUGCCGAUUUCUUUGUUAACGCUGACCUCGGAUCUGAAUCGAAAUUCUCAGAUCUAAUGGAGAUGGACAAGAAAGAAGAAGAGUUGAAGAUGGACUGGGCAUUGGACCGAGAAUUGAAGAAGAAGAAGAGGAGAUCGGACCGCCCUUUUACCUCUGACCACUACCACCGCCUCGUUGCCUCACCUUUACUCUGAGAUUCGCUGCUCUCAAUUUACAGGA